CAAAGGAGUUCAACGGGGAGUCAAUUCGUGGAAGAGAGUGGCGUCACUUUCAGCCAAUGGGAGCGCUGGAAAAUGACGUCGUUUCUAAAGAUAGCCCAAUGAGUCACAUGAUAAAGGCAUGUAGUGGAGGAACUACCACGACAUUCGGCAUUCGUAAACUGUACACUGAGGAGUGAACUUCGCUCGUGCUAUCGAUUGGAUUGUUCGUGUGAUGUGCGUAUUUUAAACAGUUUGAGUUUUACUUUGUGUUAUCUUCUCCCAUGGUUCGCAACUCGAGUGCUUCAAAGAUGGAGCCAAAUUUCUACGAGGAGGCGUCAUUCAAUCAAAACGUCAACCAGCUGAAACGGAAUUUGACUUUGGAUUUGAAUUCGGCUCACAACGACGCGAAACGUGCUCGAUUUUGCGGCGCUCCUGUCCUGUCGUCCCCGGACUUGCAUAAGUUGAAGCUGGGCUCUCCUGAUCUGGAGCGCCUUAUCAUCUCAUCGGGCAACCUGCCUACACCAACUCCAUCUCUCUUCCCGAGGAACCCAAACGCCACCAAAGAACAGGAAAGUUAUGUUCUUGGCUUUGUGAAUGCGCUAAAUGAGAUGCACCAAAGCGACUCCAGCCAAGGAGCAAUCCAACAAGUUGAAUUGCCGCGAUGUUCCAGUAGCAGUAACUCAUCUGCUGGAUCCUAUGGCUCCAUGGAUCCAACCGAUUUCUCCACCGAACUGAACGGAGUUGUCAUCAAAGAUGAGCCGCAAACUGUCCCCAACCUUGGCUCGCCUCCCGUGUCACCAAUCAACAUGGAGUGCCAGGAACGCAUCAAACUGGAAAGGAAACGUCAACGAAACAGGGUGGCCGCUUCCAAGUGCAGACGACGCAAACUGGAGAGAAUUGCCAAAUUGGAAGACAAGGUUCGACUGUUGAAAGGGGAAAACAACGAGCUCAGUGUUGUGGUGAACAAGUUGAAGGAUCAAGUGUGCAAUUUAAAACAACAAGUGUUGGAUCAUGUGCAAAGCGGCUGUGCAAUAAUGCCUGCUGAUCAGUCUUUUUAACAGGUUAGUCUCUACUGAUUAUAGCAAUAUUAUCAAAUAUUUAUUAUUCUUCCAGCCUGUGCCAGACUUGCCUUCUCAAUCUUAACUAACAGGCACUUCUCUCUGUGCAAGGCUUAACUUUCAAGUGGCUUAUGAAACGUCACUGUGUUCAAGACAUUUUAUAUUUCCACUAAUAGAGUGGAAUAACUCCAUCAGUAUUUGCUAUGUUGCAAAAAAGUGACCUAGGCUGUGUAUUAGUGAUGGGUCCAUGUGAUCCUUCCAGGAUUUCAAAAGCAAUCUCUCCUUGAAAAUCACGGAGAUUCAUCAGGUAUAGGUUUUGUUAUAGGUUAAAGUAUCUUUUCUAGUCAUCAAUCAAUCUUGCAGUCAUUGUAAGUUCGAUUACACUUCAACCAAAUUUGUGAAGAUAAUAAUAGCCUAAGCUUUUGUUAACCUACCGUACAUAUAAUUGAAGUUUAUGAGUUGGCUUGUAGGUUCAGUCAAGUUUAUCUUAGUAAAUUAACACCAUACAAUUCAUUAAAUCUAGCAAUAAUUUGCGUUACCUGUGAGUACAUCUUAGGUACCGUAUUGUGUUACCAAAGUAUAAUAAAGUCCAGUUUAGAAGAAAGGCCUUGCAAAUUAACAAUUUUUAUUGAGUUCUGCUCUGUCCAUUGGAGGUUAUGUUCACUCUCAUAUUCAACUUGCUAUUGUUUCUCGUACUCUACAAGGAAUUCUUUUAAAUUUUUAUGGUUACAGUAAGAGUAGGCUAACUUGCUUUUUUAAUAUUAUAAAAUUAUAUUUAAAUGGUUAGGCAUCAUAGCUUGAUGACCAUAUUUUGAUUUCAAAUGACUAAGUAAUCUAUUGAGAUGAGAUUUUUCCAAGGACAUCGUCUCAUGAUUUGUGGUUUCAUUUUAUCUUCCUUCAACAUUAUUAUGUUAGAUGAAUCAUACUCUUGAAUGUUUCAAUACUCAUAUUAGUUAGUUUUAAUGCAAUACUUAUAUUUUUUUUAAAUUAUAGGCCUUGGAUUCAAUGUAUUCGGGUGAAUACAUUAGCAACAUAAGUAUAAAAGUGCCAACUCAGACUUUCAAGCUUAUCAUCAUAGCUAAUAUUAUAUUUGUUAUGAGUCAUAAGCGAUUGAUUAACUGUAUACCAAUUUAAAGCUAAUUUAAAGAAUAAAUUUGGAUCUGAGAAAAACAAUUUAAAUACAGGUGAAGUUACCUAGUAAAGGCUAAUAAGAUGUAGGUUCAGCAUUGGAUUAGAACCAUUGCAAGUGCUAUAAAUUAAAACAAUCUUACGCUCAAUUUGUAAUGUGAUGUCUAAUUAAGCGACAAUUAUUAAUUAGGCUUAUUUCUGUCCAAUAAUAAAAGAGGUUUUAAAUUAAAUACAUUUUUCCAAAAACAUUUAUAGGUAAUAAAUUAGUUUCAGAAACAAAAUAUAGGCUAUAGCCUAUAAGAUCUAAAUUUCGUAUUGCAAUGCAGGCUUAAUAGGUACGGUACUGAAGUUUAAUUUUAUGUUUAAUAUUUUUAUACUGUAGCCUACUAUUAACUAAAAACUAUGUAGUCUAAUUUUUUUUAGCAAUUGUAUAUCAAACCCCCCCUCCUCCAAUAUUUUCAUUUUAUUCACACAUUCAAUCAAUUUUUAUCUUCAAUAUUUUGUUGUAUUUCAACUUGCUUUUGAAAAUACUGUAACACAUUCCUUGUUCUCAUUUUUAAUAAAUACUCCUUUCUGUUUUGUUUUUCUAUUAGUGCCAUUUACUUAUGUAAAAUGAAAUUGCUUACAUGCAAUAAUAAUUGAGCUAAUCAAAUAACUUGAGCUUAUUGCAAUAUUUCUGAAACUGUAUUAAAUUUGGCAUAAACCAAAAGAUUUAAUUUUGUUUUGUUGUUAUCAUCUAAAAAUUAUAUUUUAAAAUUCAGAUGCUAUCUUUACUAUUAAUUUAGAUAGAGCUAUGAAAGUUUGCACCCAUCCUUAUUAAUUUUUAUAUUGGAAGUUUUUAUACAUUUGUAUGAAUUUAUCUACAAUAAUUAUAUUCUAUGUAAACGAAGUAACGUUGUUAAGAGUGGUGUGCCUUUUGACUACAAAUAAACUAUUUAGAAUCGUGUACAUUUACAGGUUGUUUGAAAAACAUUGAAUAGAGUUUAUAUUUAUGAUGAAGAUUUAUAUCGAGUAUCUCCAGUUUAUAUUUUUGUAUCUUAAAUAUCUGAUAUUUAUUAAACUUCUCAUAUUUUUCCUUAGUGAGUUGAAUCAGUUUUGUGAUUGUAGACGUGGGAAAAAUAAUUGAAUUUAUUGUACCUAUAAGUUUUAUAAAGAAUGAAUAUUUUAUAUUUCAAUAUAUGAAUUUCAAAGAUU